AUGACGGCGAAUUUAUUAUUUGGCCUCUUUUUUAAAAAAGAUAAAAAUCUGGUCCUACAUAAUCAAGGAAAAACAGCAGGGCUGGAGUUCCCGGAGGAAGAACAAACCAAGCUAUGGUGUCACAUGGGGGAAUUCAAAGUCGGGUCCAAGCUGAAGGAACAAAUCGUGUGCAACAUGCAACCCCUAAUUUUGUGCCUGCAUAAGUAUGAUGACGAUAUAAGCAAAUGCGUCCCAGAGGUCAACAUUUUCGAACGAACCUGCAGCAAAAGUUUGAACUACGUUCACGAUCGGAUUGGUCUGGAUGACACCAGGAACACAUUAUAUACAGGGAAAAGGGCCGUCUGA